AUGGAAUUUCCAUCAUUUAUUAAGAUAGCAUCUUUAUCCGUACAACAUAUACUUGAAGUGAAUACUACAGAAACCGGUGAGCAAAUUUUAAAUGGAGUAGAAGGCAGGCUACUUAGAACUCUUGCAAAAUCUUUGAAUUUCCAGUACAAGCAUAUGAUUCCUUCUGACAAUAUACUUGGACUUAAAGGAGAUAACGGUAACUGGAGUGGAGUAAUGGGGAUGCUACAAAGAAAAGAAGCUGAUUUCGGUAUGUGUGGUAUCGCCAUGUUAUUUGAUAGACUUGAAGUUGCUGAUUUUAGUAAAGUAUUUAAAAUUCAAAGACUGUCUUUUCUUGUUGAGAAACCUGGUUCUCUUCCAGCAGUGUGGGCUUUUGUGAGGAUAUUUGAUACUGUUUUAUGGGGUAUUAUCAUUUUCGUCGUAUUUGUUGCACCCUUGAUAUGUUCAUUUCUUUUGAACCAUAAAUUCUCUGUGAUAGAUCUGGUGGUGCAAUUCUUUGGUAGCAUAUCACGUCAGCCGUUGGAAUUCCAAAUGACAUCAACAAGAUCCAGGAUCUUUAUAACAUCUUGGUUGGUAUUUGCUCUAGUCAUAUCAUCCAGCUAUUCUGCCUGUUUAUUGUCAUAUCUGUCCUUGCCAUUACAAGGCAAACCGAUAACUACAUUUAUUGAUCUAUCUCGAGCUGUAAGAAAAGGAACUCACAAAUCCGUUAUGCUAAAAGGGGCACCAUCAGUGUAUCUUUUAACAAAAUCUGGAAAUGAAGAUUUGGAAUUUCUUGGUAAAACUGUACUAGACAACAACUGGUUUUACUUGCCUAGUCAAGGUAUAGAAACAAGCACAGUUGAAGGAAAUACUGCUAUUAUUAAUGCAGAUUUUGCUCUGAAGUUAUUGCUCGGAAAAUUACCACCAGGAUCUUUCUUAAUUUCAGAAGAUUCGCUAAUUUCGUUUAAAUUUGGGAUAGCACUUAGGAAAGGGUUUUGUUGCACAGAAAGAUUAAACACAGUUUUGUCUCGGGUAUUAGCAGCAGGAUUAAUUGAUAAGUACCAAAGAGAUGAAUGGAAUAUUCAAAGCUUUGAAAAUUGCCACAAUUUCUGUGGAAAAAUAAAGCUUCUUGAUAAUCUGGAAAAUAGCUACAGAAGACAAGAAAAAGGUUUUGAGUCUCCCACUUAA